AUGGAGCAGCACUUGGAGCAACGUUAUGCGAUUAAGUUUUGUGUGCGACUGAACAAAACCGCCACGGAGACUCUCGGUAUGCUUCAAGAGGCCUUUAACGAAGAAUUCAUGUCCCGUGCAAUGAUUUUCAUGUGGCACAAACGUUUCAAAGAUGGCCGUGGGAAUAUUGAAGACGACGACCGCUCUGGGAGGACAUCAUCAAUCCGAACGGAUCAAAAUGUGGAGAGAGUGCGGGAACUUUUAAACAAUGACCGUCGUCUUAGUACUAGAUUAAUUGCCGUUGAACUGGGACUCAGUCAGAGUACGGUGUGGAGGAUUGUGACGGAGAAUUUGAUGAUGCGAAAAGUGUGUGCCAAAAGUUUUGUCGGCGGAUCAGAAAAACGACGCAUGACUGUUUGCCAGGAAAUGCUCCAACGGUUGAAUGUUUAUCCGAACCUUCUGGAGAAAGUGGUUACUACUGGAUCAACGAGUACGAUCCUGAGUAGUCGAAGCAUCAAAGCUCAGAAUGGCACAGUGCUUCUUCUCCGAAGCCCAAGAAAGCUCGCAUGA